CGAAGACACGCGCACCGACCGCAGCCCGACUCACCGAACACCCGCACCGGACACCGGUCACACCGACUACUGAUGCCCGCUGGAGCUCACAGAGAGAGACACACGGUGAUACAGCAUCUCAGAUCAAAACAGAACAAAACAAAACAACUUUAAACUGACAGACAAUCAGCGUGCGUAAAACUAAAGAUCCAUUACAGCCAGAAGGAGAGAGAGAGGGAGAGAGAGGGAGACAGGAGGAGAGAGAGAGAGACAGAGUUUAUAGUCAUGAUGUCCUACAUGAAACAGCCUCAUUACUCUGUCAACGGCCUGACUCUGUCCGGAACCGGGAUGGAUCUCUUGCACUCCGCCGUCGGUUACCCCAACACUCCACGCAAACAGCGGCGCGAGAGAACCACGUUCACGCGUGCGCAGCUCGACAUCCUCGAGGCGCUGUUCGCCAAGACGCGAUACCCGGACAUCUUCAUGAGGGAAGAGGUCGCGCUGAAGAUCAACCUGCCCGAGUCCAGAGUCCAGGUGUGGUUUAAGAACCGCCGCGCCAAGUGCCGUCAACAGCAGCAGCAGCAGACCAGCGGUCAGACCAAACCCAGACCCCCAAAGAAGAAGUCCUCGCCCGCCCGUGAGCCCAGCGUCAGCGAGGCCAGCGCCAGCACCAACGGCCCCUACAGCCCUCCACCGCCUCCGCCUCCACCCGGCACGGCCAUCACCCCGAGCUCCAGCAGCACCAGCGCCACAGUGUCCAUCUGGAGCCCGGCCUCCAUCUCUCCGCUGCCGGACCCGCUCUCGGUCUCCGGCACGCCCUGCCUGCAGCGCUCCGGCGGCUACCCCAUGACCUACACACAGGCCCCGGCCUACGGGCAAGGCUACGCCACCUCCUCGUCCUAUUUCACAGGGCUGGACUGCAGCUCAUACCUGUCUCCCAUGCACCCGCAGCUGUCGGCCACCGGCGGCGCUCUCAGCCCCAUCACCGCUUCUUCCAUGAGCGGCGCUCUCAGCCAGUCGCCCGCGUCGCUGUCGUCUCAGGGCUACACCGCCGCGUCGCUGGGCUUCGGCGCCGUCGACUGCUUAGACUACAAAGACCAAACGGCGUCCUGGAAACUGAACUUCAGCGCCGCGGACUGUCUGGACUACAAGGACCAAAACUCCUGGAAGUUCCAGGUCCUGUAGGGCGUUUAGAAGGGAAAGUCAGUGCGCUCUUAAAAAUAAAGGUUCCAAAUGAACCAUUUUUGUGAACCUUUCAGUGAACAGUUUUCUUAU